AGGCCGCCUGUCCCCUCUCCCCGUCGCAUCUCCGAGGCGGAGGCGUCCCCUCCCCCUCCGAAGUGGCCGGGUGUGGAAACUGCUGGACAACCGAAGCCAUAGCCAUGGCGACCCCCUCGGCUGCCUUUGAGGCCCUUAUGAAUGGAGUGACGAGCUGGGAUGUCCCUGAAGAUGCCGUCCCGUGUGAACUGCUCCUUAUUGGAGAGGCCUCCUUCCCAGUGAUGCUGAAUGACAUGGGCCAGGUCCUCAUCGCUGCGUCCUCUUAUGGCCGAGGCCGCCUGGUGGUGGUGUCCCACGAGGACUACUUGGUGGAAGCCCAGCUCACUCCGUUUCUCCUCAAUGCGGUGGGGUGGCUUUGUUCUUCCCCCGGGGCUCCCGUGGGUGUCCACCCAUCCCUAGCGCCGCUGGCCAAAAUCCUCGAGGGCUCUGGAGUGGAGGCGAAGCUUGAGCCAGAAGUGAAGGACUCCCUGGGGGUUUACUGUAUUGACGCCUACAACGAAACCAUGACGGAAAAGUUGGUCAAGUUCAUGAAACGUGGAGGAGGCUUGCUCAUUGGAGGCCAAGCCUGGGAUUGGGCCAACCAAGGCGACGAUGAAAGGGUUCUGUUCACGUUCCCCGGGAACCUGGUGACCAGCGUGGCGGGCGUGUACUUCACUGACAACAAAGGAGACACGAGCUUCUGUAAAGUGUCUAAGAAGAUGCCCAAGAUUCCCGUCUUAGUUAGCUGUGAGGACGAUCUCUCCGAGGACAGAGAGGAGCUUCUGCACGGGAUUUCCGAGCUGGACAUCAGCAACUCGGAUUGCUUCCCAUCCCAGCUGCUAGUGCACGGGGCCUUGGCCUUCCCCCUGGGGCUGGAUACCUACCACGGCUGUGUGAUAGCGGCUGCCCGCUAUGGCCGGGGCAGGGUGGUCGUGAUGGGCCACAAGGUGUUGUUCACCGUGGGGAAGCUCGGCCCCUUUCUGCUCAAUGCCGUGCGCUGGCUGGACGCGGGCCGCCGAGGCAAGAUCGUGGUGCAGACGGAACUGAGGACAAUGAGCGGCCUGCUCGCAGUGGGGGGCAUCGACACCAGCAUCGAGCCCCAUCUCACCAACGAUGCGAGUGUCUACUGCUUUGAGCCCGUGAGUGACGUGGGAGUCAAGGAGCUGCAGGAGUUUGUGGCCGAGGGCGGGGGACUGUUUGUCGCCGCCCAAGCCUGGUGGUGGGCCUUCAAGAACCCCGGAGUGUCCCCUCUGGCUCGCUUCCCAGGAAACCUCCUCCUCAACCCCUUGGGCAUCAGCAUCACAAGCCAAAGCCUCAAUCCGGGGCCCUUCCGCACCCCGAAAGCCGGGAUAAGGACCUAUCACUUCCGCUCCACCCUGGCCGAGUUCCAGGUCAUCAUGGGCAGAAAGAGGGGGAAUGUGGAAAAGGGGUGGCUGGCGAAGCUGGGGCCCGACGGCGCUGCGUUCCUGCAGAUCCCUGCGGAAGACAUCCCCGCCUACAUGUCGGUGCAUCGGCUCCUGAGGAAGCUGCUCAGUCGGUACCGCCUGCCAGUGGCCACCCGAGAGAACCCGGUCAUCAAUGACUGCUGCAGGGGUGCUAUGCUCUCCCUGGCCACUGGGCUGGCCCACUCUGGAAGUGACCUGUCUCUGUUAGUCCCAGAAAUCGAAGACAUGUACAGCAGCCCCUACCUGCGCCCCUCAGAAUCUCCUAUCACCGUUGAGGUCAACUGCAACAAUCCAGGCACCCGAUACUGCUGGAUGAGCACCGGGCUGUACAUACCUGGAAGGCAGAUUAUAGAGGUGUCCCUGCCUGAGGCUGCUGCCUCGGCCGACCUGAAGGUACAGAUUGGCUGCCACACUGACGACCUGACCAGGGCCAGCAAGCUCUUCCGGGGCCCACUGGUGAUCAACCGGUGCUGCUUGGACAAGCCCACGAAAUCGAUCACCUGCCUCUGGGGCGGCCUCCUCUACAUCAUUGUGCCCCAGAGCAGCAAGCUGGGCUCCGUGCCCGUCACUGUGAAGGGGGCUGUGCAUGCCCCGUUCUACAAGCUGGGGGAGACAUCCCAGGAGGAGUGGAAGAGGCGUCUCCAGGAGAAUCCAGGUCCCUGGGGAGAGCUGGCUACGGACAACAUCAUCCUGACAGUGCCGACCGCCAACCUCCGCACGCUGGAGAACCCGGAGCCACUGCUGCGCCUCUGGGACGAGGUGAUGCAGGCUGUGGCACGGCUGGGCGCCGAGCCCUUCCCCUUGCGCCUGCCCCAGAGGAUCGUUGCUGACGUGCAGAUCUCAGUAGGCUGGAUGCACGCAGGGUACCCCAUCAUGUGCCACCUGGAGUCGGUGCAGGAGCUCAUCAAUGAGAAACUCAUCAGAACCAAGGGGCUGUGGGGCCCAGUCCAUGAGCUGGGCCGCAACCAGCAGCGGCAGGAGUGGGAAUUCCCACCGCACACCACUGAGGCCACCUGCAACCUUUGGUGUGUUUAUGUGCACGAAACGGUCUUGGGCAUUCCUCGAGGCCGUGCCAAUAUCGCCCUGUGGCCCCCAGUUCGGGAGAAGAGAGUCAGAAUCUACCUGAGCAAGGGUCCCAAUGUGAAAAACUGGAAUGCGUGGACAGCACUGGAAACGUAUUUACAGCUCCAGGAAGCCUUUGGCUGGGAGCCCUUUAUCCGUCUCUUCACCGAGUAUCGGAACCAGACCAAUCUGCCCACUGACAACGUUGACAAGAUGAACCUGUGGGUGAAGAUGUUCUCCCAUCAAGUGCAGAAGAACCUGGCUCCCUUCUUUGAGGCCUGGGCCUGGCCGAUCCAGAAGGAAGUGGCUACCAGCCUGGCCUACCUGCCUGAAUGGAAGGAGAAUAUUAUGAAAUUGUACCUCCUCACACAGAUGCCCCACUGAAAUUGAAGUCAAAGAAAACUGAAGGCAUUUGGGGUUGAGUGAAGAAGACAGCAACACAUUUCUGGAAGAGAGAAGGUGGACGAACUACGAAAAAGAAUGAAAGAGUGAAGGUACCUUUCAGACAGAAUAUAAGCUAAUCUGAACAACAUAACCCCAGAGAGACUUGGACACCUAAAAAGUUUACCCACUAAAGAGUUAUUACCAGUUGUAAAAUUGAACCCCAUCCCAUUCUACCCCAUCCUUUGUGCAUAGAACACAGGCAGUCAACUAUUGGUACCAGUGAAAAAAUCUGUUGUUGCUGUUGUUGUUGUUGUUGUUGUUUAUAUAAAGUAAAUGAAUAAACUGCCUGGGGAGAGGUAGGAGUUGGUGCUCCAGAAUGCAAUUUCUCUUUUCGUGGAAAUAAGUGACCCCCUAGCCUAUCAGUUAAUUCUCUACUGUCAGUUGAGACACCCUACCCAAGUAACCAAGUGUUUCCAGUCAUAGAUGAGGCUUACUGGAAAAACAGACCAAACCAUACGAUGGCAGAGGAAACCCAUACCAACUCCUAUAAAAGUCAACCAUUAUAUUGAUGCUUAAAUGCAGAUGGUUUUCAGCUAGGAAUUCCCAGACAUUGAGCAUUGGGGAGGGUGGGAGAGUGGGAGGGAGAACCAGGGGAGAAGCAUGUAAGAAAAAAUUACCAAUUAGAAUUAGGAGAUUUGAAAACCACAACCAGUUCUGGAGGAAACAAAGUUAAAGUGGAAAAAGUAACUUCAAAAUCUACGUAUAUCUUCAGAAAGUUCUGAGGUAUAUUUGUAAGAUGAAAACAGGAUGUUACAAAGAAAGGAAAAACUCUGAGAAUAAAGAGAGCCCUUUGAGAGUGAAAUAAGAUUGUCAAAAAUACUCCAUAGACAGGCUAGAAAUAAAGUUCAGGGAAUCUCUCUAGAUAUAGAGCAAAAAGAAAUAGCAGAAAAUAUGAAGAAAAGAAAGACCUAGACAAUCAAUAUCUAACCAUUAGUGGUUUCUGGAAGAGAAAGCCAAAAAUAUAGGUGAAGAAAAAAUAAUUGAAGAACAGAAAGAACUAAGUCUCCAGAUUCCAGGGUCCCCAAUAAAACCAACAUCGAGACACAAUCUUGUGAAAUUUUGGAAUAUUAAGGAUAGAGGGAAGACAUUAAAAGUGCCCAGAGAGAAAAUAAAAUUAGAUCAGCAUAACUAGCUCAGCUAAAAAAGGACAAGAAAUAGACUGGCAGCAGAUUUUUCUUCAGCAAUACUGAAAGCUAAAAGCCAAUGGAGCAAUGUCUUCACAUACCUUACUGAAAACUUUGUGCCCAGAAUUCCAUAGCAAGCCAAGCUGUCGAGUCAAACCAAAAUAAAGAUAUUUUCUGACAUGCAAGUUUCCAGAAAGUCUACCUUCUCUGCACCCUUACUAAGGUAGUACUUUGAGGAAGUUCUCCAGCAAAAUGAAGAUGAGAACCGAGAAAGAAGAAGAAACGAAAUCUAGGAAAUGAUGGCCCUCACCCGGGAUGUGUCACUCUAGAGUGACACUUAUCCAACAGGAUGUCUCACUAUAGAGUGACAGUUAGUUAUCCAGCAGACAUACCCAGUUCAGAUAAGGAUACAGUCUCAGGCUCUCUGGGAAGAAUGUGCAUUGUGUGCCAAGGAUAGUAUCACUGAGAAGCUGGAAUGUUUGAGAAUGUGGAGAACAUAUAUUCUUUAGUCAACAAAUAAGAAAACAAAACAAAAAUAUGUCAAGAAAUUUAAGUCCAUUUCUGAAACAACAACAAAAAAUACUCGUGGAAUUUAAGAAGAGUCUCGAUUUUACAUUGGCGGUAGGUAUAUUUCCUUCCAUGUGGCACAGGCAUGACAUUGGAUAUACGUAUAUGGAAGAAAAUGUCCUAGCUUCUACUUGGCUCUCAAGAAACAGUAUUUACCUAGCCAAAAUAAUGUAGAUGCUAUUUAUUGGUAUUUAGUGUUCUGAUCAGCCUAUAGACAAAACACGAAAGGGUUAAUUUUUUAUUCAGAAAUAAAAUUGAAAGUAAUUAAUCCUGACAAGUUAAAGAAAAAGAGAACAGAAAGAGCUGCAAAUUACCUGUGGGAAAAGAGGUGGAAGGAAGAGUAGGACUACUUAUCUAUUGAAAGUGGGGAUGAAAAAAAAGUCUACAGUUGAUGGAACAAGAACUGGAGGAUUGGUAUGCUGUUCAAAGCUAUAAAUUAAACCAAUAGAAGUAUUAAAAUGAUAUCUAUCAAAAAUUUGGGGAAAGAUAGGCAAAGGAAAAGUGGGGAUAGUGUAAGUCAAAUUCUUAUCUUUUGUAAUGGUGUAUUAUUAAAGAUUGUCUAAAGUUAAUAAACCAAGAAAUUAUUCAAACAUAUUAUUUAAUGUUAGGAAGCUAGUCAACGGAAGAUCUAAAAAUAGAAAUUGUUAAAUACAUUGCCUCUAGGGUAUGGGACUAGAGUUAAAAAGGGUGGCGGGGGGAACCGUGUUUUUCAUUUCAAGUCCUCUGUACUAUUUAAUUUUUUACCUUGUGCAUGUAUCACUUUGAAAAAUUUUUAAUAAACUCAAAUAAAAAUCC